UCAGCUGGAGUGUGUACGCUGGAUGGUGAGCGAAACAGAAGCCAUUGCAGAAUUGAGUUGUUCUAAGGAUUUUCCAAGCCUUAUUCAUUAUGCGGGUUGUUAUGGCCAGGAAAAAAUUCUUCUGUGGCUUCUUCAGUUUAUGCAAGAACAGGGCAUUUCGUUAGAUGAAGUGGACCAGGGUGGCAACAGCGCCGUUCAUGUGGCCUCUCAGCAUGGCUACCUCGGGUGCAUACAGACCUUGGUUGAAUAUGGAGCAAAUGUCACCAUGCAGAACCACGCGGGGGAAAAGCCAUCGCAGAGUGCCGAGCGGCACGGGCACACCCUCUGCUCCAGGUACCUGGUGGUGGUGGAGACCUGCAUGUCGCUGGCCUCUCAGGUGGUGAAGUUAACCAAGCAGCUAAAGGAACAGACAGUGGAACGUGUCACACUGCAGAACCAACUCCAGCAACUUCUGGAGGCCCAGAAAUCAGAGGGCAAGUCCUUGCCUUCUUCACCCAGUUCACCAUCUUCACCAGCUUCCAGAAAGUCCCAGUGGAAAUCUUCAGAUGCAGAUGAUGAGUCUAUGGCUAAAAGCAAACCAGGAAUCCAAGAGGGGAUCCAGGUUCUUGGAAGCCUGUCAGCAUCCAGCCGGGGUAGGGCCAAAGCAAAAGAUGAAGAUUCUGAUAAAAUCCUACGCCAGCUUUUGGGAAAAGAAAUCUCAGAGAAUGUCUGCACCCAGGAAAAGCUGUCCUUGGAAUUCCAGGAUGCUCAGACUUCCUCUCGAAAUUCAAAAAAGAUCCCUCUGGAGAAGAGGGAACUGAAGUUAGCCAGGCUGAGGCAGCUGAUGCAGAGGUCACUGAGUGAAUCUGACACAGACUCCAACAACUCUGAGGACCCCAAGAACACCCCUGUGAGAAAGGCUGACAGGCCCCGGCCUCAGCCCAUUGUGGAAAGCGUGGAGAGUCUGGACAGCGCAGAAAGCUUGCACAUGAUGGUAAAGAAGCAUACCUCGGCAUCAGGACGCAGGUUUCCUUUCAGUAUCAAGGCCUCCAAAUCCCUGGAUGGCCAUAGCCCAUCUCCCACUUCAGAAAGCAGCGAGCCAGACUUGGAAUCCCAUUGUCCAGGCUCAGGGAACAGUCCUACAGCCCAGCCCUCUGGAGACCCCACUCUGCCCAUCCCUGACAGCACUGCUGCCCAGAAAGUUGCCACAAGUCCCAAGAGUGCCCUCAAGUCUCCAUCUUCCAAGCGCCGGACAUCUCAAAACUUGAAACUCAGAGUUACCUUUGAGGAGCCUGUGGUGCAGAUGGAGCAAACUAGUCUGGAAGUAAAUGGAGAAAAAGACAAAGACAGGGGCAGGACCCCCCAGCGGACCUCCGCAAGUAGCGAAUCCGGGGAUCAACUGAAAAGACCUUUUGGAACCUUUAGAUCCAUCAUGGAGACACUCAGUGGCAACCAGAACAAUAAUAAUAACUAUCAGGCAGCCAACCAGCUGAAGACCUCUACAUUGCCCUUAACCUCACUUGGAAGGAAGAUGCCAGAUGCCAAGGGAAACCCUGCAAGCUCUGCUAGCAAAGGAAAGAAUAAGGCAGAGAUGUACGGCAGCUGCAUCAAUCUUUCCUCUAACACGGUGAUUGAAGAGCAUCUGCAUAACUAUGCACGGCAUAAUGACAUCAAUAGAAAAAUGAAGAAAUCCUACAGCAUAAAGCACAUUGCUGAGCCAGAGUCAAAAGAACUCUUCUUGUGAAUCUCACUGAGAUAAUAAAUAAUGACCUUUGGAUACCAUUGGAAAUUACUGGACUAUCGUCUAUGGAAAUAGAACCAUGAAAACAAAGCCUCACCAGCAGAAGAACAGAAUAUCAGGAUGCCUUAACUUUAUAGUGUUAGACUAUGUAAGAUACAUUUUUGAGUGAUACCUGUAUAUAGAACUUGUUUUUAAAGAGAUGCUGUCUAAAAGCAUGAUGCAAAUGUGUGUUUUUUAACAUUGGAUUGAUUCGACCUACCCACAGGACAUUCACCAGGCUGCUGACACAACUUUGUAUUUUAUCCAUUGCAUGAAUAUUUGCUAAUGUUGGUUGAACUUCCCUUCCAUAUAACAUGGCCAGUUUGAGCUCAACUCCAUCAAGGGACCAGAUCAGUGGCAUUUUCUGUCAAGAUUGUUUUUCUGUCAUUUCUACUUUUUGUAUAAAGGAAAUAAAAUAAUGUUAACAGCCACCCAGAAGCUUGGGGCACCUACCUUCUAAUAAAUCUGUGAUGCUCUGAUUUCUAAGGGACUUG